AUGACUUUUGUUGACGAGCUACAAGCUAUCAGUACUAAUUGUAAAACUUUUAAUUGGUUUUGUUGGGUUAUUUUCGCCUAUGGAGUGUUGAAAUCCACUACCUUCUUUCUUAGACUAGGUUCUUUAUUCUUUGAUUUGUUUGUUUUACCUCCGGUCAGUUACAAGAAAUAUGGUGCCAAAAAGGGGGCUUAUUGUGUUGUAACCGGUGCAAGUGAUGGUAUUGGUAAAGAAUAUGUUAAACAAAUGGCUGCUCGUGGAUUUAAUUUAGUUUUAAUUUCAAGAACUUUAAGUAAAUUAGAGGCAUUGAAAACAGAAGUUGAAACUGAAUAUCACGUGAAAGUUGAAAUUUUGGCUAUUGAUAUUGCUACUGAUGCAUCUUCAAAUUAUGAAAAAAUAAGGGAAUUAUGUAAGGAUUUGCCAAUUACUGUGUUAAUCAAUAAUGUUGGUCAGUCACAUUCUAUUCCUGUUCCAUUCUUAGAAACUGAGGAAGCUGAAUUAAGAAAUAUUAUUACUAUAAAUAACACUGCUACACUAUUAAUCACACAAAUAAUUGCACCAAUUAUUGUGAAAUCUGUCAAAGAAAAGAACUCAUCGCGUGGGUUGAUUUUAACUAUGGGUUCAUUUGGCGGUUUAAUCCCAACCCCAUUAUUAGCAACAUAUAGUGGUUCUAAAGCCUUUUUACAACAAUGGUCCAAUUCUCUGGCUGGUGAAUUAGCAGCAGACAAAGUAGAUGUAGAAUUAGUGUUAUCAUAUUUAGUCACUACUGCCAUGUCUAAGGUUAGAAAGACAUCUGUAUUGAUUCCAAAUCCAAAACAGUUUGUCAAAGCUACAUUAAAGAAUGUUGGGAGACGUUGUGGUGCGCAGGAACGUUUUGCCACCACUACACCAUAUUGGUCCCAUGCUAUAUAUGAAUUUAUUAUUGAAGAAAUAUUUGGUGUUUACUCUAAGAUUGUUAAUUCUAUUAAUUAUUCUUUCCACAAAUCUAUCAGAAUUAGAGCUCUUAAGAAGGCUGCAAGAUUGGCCAAACAACAAUAA